AAUAUUAAUAGACAACUGAUUUGAUAGACCUAACGUGAUCACGUCUCUUAGAGCUGUUCACUCCACAACGCACAGUUUUCGUUGCUCAUUCUUGUGUAUCGGUUGUUUCUUUAACCAUUUACACAUACCCGUUUGUACGAAGUUAAACAGAUUUUAUUCUUAUUCUGCAUAAUGUUUCCAAUUGGAUUCAAUCAUUCAAUUGAUAUAGAGGAGCCCGUGGUUAUUCCACCACCACCAUCUCCUUUAGAUUUUAAAAAUAAAGUUAUAAUUAUCACUGGCGCUUGCUCUGGCAUUGGCGCCGCAGUCGUCAUGGAGUUUGCCAAAUGGGGUGGCCUACUGACUGUUGCCGGUCGCAAUAAGGAGAGCUUGAGUGCUGUUGCCGACAAGGUCAUUGAUGCAUAUGAUCACUCGCCAUUGAUUGUGCAUGCAGACAUGAUUAAUGAGGAGGAGGUACGCCGUAUUGUUGAUAAAACCAUAGCCACUUACGGACAUAUCGAUGUGCUCGUUAACAGCGCGUCCGUUAUUGAAAUUGGUAACAUUGAAACAACUACAAUGGCUCAGUAUGAUCGCGUUAUGGAUGUAAAUUUGCGCGCCGUGUUUCAACUAACAUCGUUGGCUGUGCCAUAUUUAAUCGAGACAAGAGGCUGCAUUGUAAACUUAUCAAGCGUUAACGGUUUACGUUCAUUUCCCGGUGUACUCGUAUAUAAUCUUUCUAAAGCUGCAUUGGACCAAUUUACUCGUUGCGUAGCGCUUGAAUUGAAAGAAAAAGGUGUUCGCUGUAAUUCAGUUAAUCCUGUCGUCGAUGUUACGGAAAUUCAAAAAAGUGACGAUAUAGAUGAUGAGGCGUACCAAAAGUGGUUAGAACAUUCUGGCACGAUAAGUGAAGACGGACGCGAGGGUUUGGAGGAGAACGUGGCAGGCGUGAUCGCAUUUUUGGCCAGCGAUAUGGCGAGUUUCAUUACUGGUGCCAGUUUGCCAGUAGACGGUGGGCGCCAUGCAAUGUGUCCGCGAUAAGUUGGUCAUACAUAUAUUAUACCCAUAGGUAUUAAGUAAAUUGCAUUUGGCAUCAUGAAAUAUCAAAUACUAUAAAUGUGUUGUAUGUUCUUAAAAUUUGCUUUACUAAUUAGAGUUUUAUUUAUGUAUAUAUGUA